AUAUCAAAUAACACAUUAUGGCAGCACGGGAGUCUGGUAGAAUAAAAGAUGCAUAUCAAAAGCGAGUACUUGAUGAAGCUGCUCGUAAACGCAGACAGAAAAAAGCAUUGGAAGCUUUGGAACAAGACAAUUUUCAUGAUGACCCACAUGCAGAUUUGGUAAUGAGCAAAAAGGUACCAAAAUUUCAAGAAACACUAGACACCAGAGGCGGUAGGAAGAAAAAAACUAGGUCAGCUGAAUAUUAUAAGCAACGGUUUAGAAAAACCUUUGCUCAAUUAGUAGAAGAAGAUCUUAAUAUUAAUCCAAAUUCUCCAAAUUAUGUCUCUGCUCAAGCACCACCAUCACGCUUUCCUGAACGCCACUUUUGUGCAGUUUGUGGAUUUCCUAGUAAUUAUACUUGUAUUCCUUGUGGUGCUAGAUAUUGUAGCAUGAAAUGUUUAGGUACUCAUCUCGAUACAAGGUGUUUAAAGUGGACAGCAUAAUGAGAAAAUAUAUUCUUUGUACAAACCGAUUAGCGAAAAAAAUUUGUAAGUAAUUCAGCAUUAAAGAUAUAGUAGUCAAAAUAUUAUUAAGUUUUUGUACUAAAAAUUAAAAUUUUUGCAAGUUAAAAAAAUAAUAUUAUUAUACAUAUAUCAUCAGACAGUUAUUGUAAAUAUAAUAGUUCUACCUAUAAUAAGAUCUGUAUGUGAAAUAAAGUUAAUUAUUUUCCUACUAA